AAGACCCCACUCGCUAUGAGGCUUCCCUUGAUCUACACGACACCUUCCCAAUCAACAACCCUUCAUUUCAUUUAUAAGCUCCUCUCCUCGCUUGCGUUAUUCUUCUAUAAACCCCACCUGCAAUCUCCUUCUUCCUUCAUAGCUCACCCUGCUUCCUCCACCAGAGUGAGCCACAUCUCCUCAAUUUCACGCACGCAAUGAACACGCCACGUGGCUUCUACCAAAAUGGCGGAAUAUUCGCCUUUUGUUUCUUCCUCCUCAUCUUAUCCCCACUCAUCACCCUCGUGGGAGCACAAUCCAACAACCCAAACGAUCCUUAUUACAACAACAACAACCUCAACUUCAGCCCCUCCUUAGCCAUCAUUAUCGUCAUACUCAUCGCCGCUCUCUUCCUCAUGGGCUUUUUCUCCAUCUACAUCCGCCACUGCGCUGAUUCCCCCUCCGGCAACAUACGCAACCUCGCCGGCGGAGCCGCCGGACGAUCCCGGAGGGCGGCGCGUGGGCUCGAUCCUGCCGUGAUCGAGACGUUCCCAACCUUUGAAUACUCCGCGGUGAAGAUUCAUAAGAUUGGAAAGGGCGCGCUUGAAUGCGCGGUGUGCUUGAACGAGUUCGAGGAGACCGAAACGCUGCGUUUGAUCCCGAAAUGUGACCAUGUCUUCCACCCAGAGUGCAUCGACGAGUGGCUCGCUUCGCACACCACCUGCCCCGUCUGCCGAGCCAACCUUGCCCCCACCGGCGACACCGUGCGUGGAAUUCCUGUCCUCAACGCCGAGGGGGAAGAUGUCGAGGCCCAGAACGACGUCGUCGAAUCCGAUCCCGAACAGCAAAAUGCGGACGCUGUUCAAGACUCAAAAGAACUGGAAGUUAUGCGCUUGAACCAGACGCUUAACCGAAACCGAACGAGAGGGUCGCGGUCGAGCCGGACGCGCCGGUUCCCGAGGUCUCACUCGACCGGCCAUUCGGUUGUCCAACCGGCUGAAGACACGGAACGGUUCACUCUGAGAUUGCCCGUGGAAGUGAGGAAGCAGAUACUGAACCCGGAAUUGCAUCGGGCCAGAAGCUUGGUUAUCUUGCCUCGACAAGGUAGUUCGCGGCGGGGAUAUCGAACCGGCGGAGAGGGAAGUAGCAGAGGGAGGUCUUCGAGGCGAUUGGACCGGGGAUUUAAAUCGGACCGGUGGGUUUUCACGAUGGCGCCGCCGUUCCUAGUCAGAGCUUCGUCGAUUAGGUCCCCAAGGGUGGCUAAUAGCGCCGGUGAAGGCACUUCCUCUAAUACAGCUCCUCCGCCUCCGCCGGCUGUGGACUCGGCUCGCCCACCGGUUUAAACGCCCUCCUUCAAUAUUUCAUUUUUUUUAUUUGUUUUUUGUUGUUGGGCGACGAUUUUUUUUUAAUCUAAAAUAUGUAAAAUGUGUAUAAUAUAUAGCACAUUUAUUUUUAGUUGAAGAUAAAUAUCUUAGUCAGGAUAAUCCCAUAAU